AUGGGGUCCUGGCAGCAGGGCUCCCAGCCCAGCAGAAGCACGAGCAACUCCCAGAUGGUUUGCAAAUUAGACAGAACGUGCCGCAAGAGAGGACCCCACGUCCUCGAGGAUGUUCGGAAUUUUGAUCGUGACUCUCCUAUUGUUCGGCACAUCCACAGUCACUCCUUUAGUGAUCUCAUGCCUACUCAUAGCUUUAAAUACUACAUGAUGUCCAAAGCCAAAUCUGCUGAACUUCACUCUGGAAUCCUGUCUCCUGUAUUUCUCAGCCACUGUGAUCUCUCCAGGGAGGGCUAUGUGCAUAAAUUCUGCACGAUCAAAAUGAGGCUUUCCACCAAUACCCUGAAAAUCCGUUCCAACAUUUCUACACCUCCCCAUCUCAUUCUGGCAAUUCUAGUCUUUCAGUUUGGACUGCCAAGUGGAUUUGAUGCAAACUACAAACCAAAUCAAAUUAAAACAAAACUCAAAAGACCAAAUCUCACUUUCCUCAACCUGGAGAUUCCUAAAUUUGAAAUUGUAGCCAAAGGCUGUGGAAGAGAGUCUCCCCAUCACUGGUCUGGGCUGCCCCUUCAUUCUGCUCCCUGUUCAGUCCUUCCAGACCCAGAUACAGAAUGCCUCUUCAGAAGUGCUUCCAGAGGCUGUGAGCAGGCCUGGAUUCACAGCUUGUCUCUAGAACAUAGCACUCCCUCCUAUAGUCUUCCCAGCUCCUUUCCACAUUUCUACCAGAAGCUUUUCCCUGAUCUUCCACCCCUAACACCAGGCAGCUCCCCUAGGCCUUCCAUUCUCCAGCCUAUGGCUCCCAGAAGCCCAUCCAAAAAGACUCACAUUGGAGGCACAGACUGCUGGGGACUGGGCUUCCACAAGUUGUCACUUCUUCUUUCUGCUGCAGGGAAAGAAGUGUGUUAUGAAAGGGUGGGCUGCUUCAAAGAUGGCUACCCAUGGACCCACACUUGGUCACGCCCACUGGCUGGCUUGCCCUGGCCUCCAGAGAAGAUAGGCACACGCUUUCUGCUCUACACCCAACAGAACCCUGACACCUAUCAGGAGAUCAGUGCGGUUAAUGAUUCGACGAUCUCACAUUCAAACUUUGACCCAGACCACAUCACCCGGAUCAACAUAGCUGGCUGGAAAACAGAUGGAAGAUGGCAGCGAGACAUGUGUAAUGCGUUGCUCCGAGUGGAAGAUGUGAACUGCAUUAACUUAGACUGGAUCAAUGGCUCCAAGGUAUAUAUCCAUUCUGUCAACAACCUCCGAGUCGCCGGUGCUGAGGUGGCUUAUUUUGUUCAUGUCCUCGAGGAAAAAUUUGGAUAUUCUCCAUCUCAAGUGCACCUCAUCGGCCACAGUGUGGGAGCACACCUGGCAGGGGAGGCCGGGUCUCGGAUACCAGGCCUGGGAAGAAUCACCGGAAUGGACCCUGCAGGGCCAUAUUUCCAUGACAGCCCAAAUGAAGUCAGGCUGGACCCGUCGGAUGCCAACCUGGUCGAUGUCAUUCACACGAAUGCAGCCCGCUUUCUCUUUGCGUUAGGCUCUGGGACUAUUAAUGCUUGUGGUCACCUUGACUUUUAUCCCAAUGGUGGCAAAAGCAUGCCAGGAUGUGAAGAGCUUGUUAUUCCUCCAAUAUAUAACUUCACGGCAUAUAAGGAAGAAGUGUCUUCCUUCAUCAGUUGCAACCAUGUCCGAAGUUAUCACUAUUAUAUCGAAAGUAUUCUCAACCCUGAUGCAUUUAUUGCUUAUCCCUGUAGAUCCUACACAUCUUUUAAAACAGGAAAUUGUUUCCAUUGUCCCAAAGAAGGUUGUCCAAUGAUGGGUCAUUUUGCUGAUAAAUUUCACCUCAAAAACAAGAAGUCUAAUAGAUUGUAUUAUUUUUUAAACACAGGGAAGGUUUCUCCAUUUGCCCGUUGGAUGCACAACCUGUCGGUUAAUCUUGCUGGAAAUAACAUCACUCAGGGGAACAUAUAUCUCCUUAUAGGAGGAACAGCAGGAAAAACGGGGAAGCUUCUGAUAGCCAGUGGAGACCUGCGGCCUGGCACAACUUACACAAAAUUUAUCAGUGUAGACGUCUAUGUUGGGAAUGUUACAAGUAUUGAGUUCACUUGGAAACCAACCUUCGUUGGACUGUCUCAGAAUAAGUUGGGAGCAGAAAAGGUGAUUAAUACGUCUGGAAAAUAUGGAUACAUAUCCACCUUCUGUAGCCAGGAUGUUAUUGGAUCCCAGGUCACCCAGAUCUUGAAGCCAUGCUAA